GCCGGCUGUGCUGCUGCUGGCGGCGCGAGGCCAUGGAGGCUGCCGGAGCGGGAGCCACGCAGGGUGAGCCGCUUCGGGGAGCAGUAGGGACAACAUCAUUGGCGGAAGUGGGAGCAGAUGACACAGGUCUUAGAUCUUCCAGAGAUGGUUCUGAGCCCUCCGCAGGAUCAUUGUCUCCCCGGAAGCCCAAAAGCAGUUUGGGAGGAACAGGAGAGAGCCUGCUGGCUUCUAGCAAAAAUUGUGAUGAUGGAGUGCAAACACAGAUGACCAGGAGUGGUAAAGAAGCGGGUGGGAUGUCCCCUGAGACAGGGGUUGUCUCGGCUGGUUCAAACACCAGCCCCACUCCAGGGAAUAAGGGUCUGCCAGGCCAUGCGGCCAAAACUUUCCCAUCAUCCCCCAGCAAAGCGGGCGGGCCCAGCCGAGCAAAGAUGUCCCUCACUGGAACCAGCAAGUCCCCAACAUCCAUCCAGAGUUUGGCUAUGCGCCUGUUGAGUAUGCCUGGGUCACGGUUGCCCGGGGAUGCCGUAACUCCCUCAGCAGAAACUCCAUCACCAGCUCCACCGUCUGCUCCAGCUCAGACUCCAGCCCCAGCAGCCGAGGAGGCCAAACCCAAGGUUCACCGGGCACGGAAAACCAUGUCUAAGCCCAACACUGGGCAGGUCCCUGAGAAGAGAGUUUCUGAAAUGCUGCAUUUUCGAGUCUCAGAUGACCUGAGGAGCAUCGAGGAGCCAGAGGAACCUGCCAAGCGCCGGAAGUAUGACUACAUGACCGAUGCAAUGCACAAGAGAAUGCCUUUGUCUCUCCAGCGAUCAAGUCCUAGAGCCACUACCGAGAUCACAGUGACGGAAGAGAUGACCGCCCCAGCCACUGCCUCUCAGGAGGACAGAACUCACGAGUGGGAGACAGAAGUGGGGGAUGACUUCAGCCUCUACUAUGACAGCUAUUCUGUGGAUGGGCACAUUGAUUCAGACAGCAAGUCUGAUGCUGCAGAGGAGCACAUGAGUGAAGAGGAGGAGGAGGAAGAAGAGGAGGAAGAGGAAGAAGAAGAAGAGGAGGAGGAAGAAGAUGAAGAUGAGGAUGAUGAUGAAGAUGAGGAUGAUGAAGAAUCGGGUAACCUCUCUGACAGGAGUGCUGCGUCCAGCUCCAAGCGAAAGGCCAGAAAGCGCUGGCGGAAUGACAGCCCCUGGGUUAAGCCAUCCCGUAAACGCAAGCGGAAAGAGCCACACCCCAAGGACACCAGAGGACUUAAUGGUGGCCCUUCAGCCACUCAGAGCGAGUACACAGAAGUUCCCCUUGGCUGUCUGGAGCUGCCCAGUGAAGGGGCACUCUCCCCCAACAACGCUGGGGUGUCCAACGAGACCAGUUCACUGGAGACAGAGCGCUUUGAAGAACUGCCCCUCUGCUCCUGCCGCAUGGAAGCCCCAACCAUUGAACGCCUCAGCCAGCAGGCCGGAAAUCAGUGCAUGGCGACAGAAAGCGCAGAUGGGGAGCUUAGCGGCUGCAGCAGCAGCAUCUUGAAGCGGGAGACGAUGCGUCCCUCAAGCCGGGUUCCCCUCAUGGUCUUGUGUGAGGCACAUCGAGCCAGGAUGGUGAAACACCACUGCUGUCCUGGUUGUGGCUACUUCUGCACUGCGGGCACUUUUCUGGAAUGCCACCCUGAUUUUCGGGUGGCUCACCGCUUCCACAAGGCCUGCGUGUCCCAGCUCAACGGCAUGAUCUUCUGCCCACACUGUGGGGAAGAUGCUUCUGAGGCCCAGGAGAUCACUAUAGCCAAGGCAGACACCUCCACUCCAGUCCCUGUUCCACCGUCGCAUGGGCAGGGAGCCUCCGAGUCCACAGGCCGUGCUGACACUACCCAGCCCAGUGCUCGGAUGAGAGGGGGUUCAAGCAUAGAGCCCUCCAUGGAAGAUGCGCCAGGUCUUGGUGGCCCAGGAAUUGACAGUGCCGGUCCACGUCUGAUGCUGCCUAAUGGAGCAGUGCUGUCUGCACAGGGCCUGCCUUCAGGUUCUGGGCGUGAGCAACUGGAGCGUGCUCUGGUGGUACAGGAAUCUGAGCGGCGCAAGAAGCUGCGAUUCCACCCUCGGCAGCUGUAUCUCUCUGUUAAGCAAGGAGAACUCCAGAAAGUGGUGCUGAUGUUGUUGGACAGCUUGGACCCUAAUUUCCAGACUGAACAGCAGAGCAAACGGUUCCCACUGCAUGCUGCAGCACAGAAAGGAUUCAUGGAAAUCUGUCACGUUCUUCUGCAGGCUGGUGCUAACAUAAACACAGUGGACAAGCUACGCCGGACACCGCUCAUGGAAGCGGUCGCGAACAACCAUGUAGAGCUAGCCCGUUACUUGGUCAGAAGAGGCGGUUGUGUUUACACCAAGGAAGAUGAUGGAUCUACAUGUCUCCAUCAUGCAGCAAAGAACGGCAACGUUGAGAUGGUCAGCUUGCUGCUCUCCACAGGGCAAGUGGAUGUCAAUGCUCAGGAUAGCGGGGGGUGGACCCCCAUUAUUUGGGCUGCAGAGCACAAGCACAUCGAGGUGAUUCGCAUGCUGCUCACUCGGGGAGCCGACGUCACCUUGACAGACAACGAAGAGAACAUUUGCUUGCACUGGGCCUCCUUCACAGGAAGUGCAGAGAUUGCCGAAGUCCUGUUGAAUGCACAGUGUGAUCUCCACGCGGUCAACUUCCAUGGAGACACACCCCUGCACAUAGCUGCCCGGGAGAGCUACCACGAUUGUGUCCUCCUGUUCCUGUCACGAGGGGCUGACACUGAAGUGCGGAACAAAGAAGGGGACUCCCCUGUGGACCUGACUUUGGAAAAUUCAGAGGUGUGGUUUGCCCUCCAGCUCAACCGCAAGAUCCGCCAGGGCAUCCUUAACCGCUCCGUGCGCACAGAACGCAUCAUCAGCAGGGACGUGGCCCGUGGCUAUGAAAAUGUGCCUAUCCCCUGCGUCAACGCAGUGGAUGAUGAGCCGUGCCCGGAAGAUUACAAAUACAUCUCAGAAAACUGCGAGACCUCCACCAUGAACAUUGAUCGCAACAUCACCCACUUACAGCAUUGCACCUGCCAGGACGACUGUUCUUCCAGCAACUGUCUUUGUGGGCAGCUCAGCAUUCGCUGCUGGUAUGACAAGGAUGGGCGUUUGCUGCAAGAGUUCAACAAGAUUGAGCCGCCCCUGAUCUUCGAAUGUAAUCAGGCCUGCAGCUGCUGGAGGAACUGCAAGAACCGCGUAGUGCAGAGCGGCAUCAAGGUCCGUUUACAGCUGUACCGCACAGCAAAAAUGGGAUGGGGUGUCCGAGCCUUGCAGACCAUCCCACAGGGAACGUUUAUAUGCGAGUACGUGGGGGAGCUUAUUUCUGAUGCAGAAGCUGAUGUAAGGGAAGAUGACUCCUACCUCUUCGAUCUAGAUAAUAAGGAUGGUGAGGUGUACUGCAUCGACGCACGCUACUACGGCAACGUCAGCCGCUUCAUCAACCACUUGUGUGACCCCAACAUCAUCCCCGUGCGCGUGUUCAUGCUGCACCAAGACCUGCGUUUCCCCCGUAUCGCCUUCUUCAGCAGCCGAGACAUCCGGACUGGUGAAGAAUUGGGAUUUGACUACGGCGAUCGCUUCUGGGACAUCAAGAGCAAAUACUUCACCUGCCAGUGUGGCUCAGAAAAGUGCAAACACUCAGCUGAGGCCAUUGCUCUGGAGCAGAGCCGUCUCGCCCGCCUGGAGGCUCACCAGGACCUGUUGCCAGACGCUGGCGGCCUGCCUGCUGUGCAGGCUUAAGCCAGGCCCAGCUGCCAAUCCUGAAGGCCGGGAGGGGUCUUCCUGCUUCUUCCACCAGCCCACGUGGUCCUCUUUUCAGGGCAGGCAGAGGAGUGUGUUGGAACGUGAUCGCGUUUUCGUCUUCUCCAUCAGGAGUUCCCAUGGAGGAAAAAAACGGAGUUCUGAAGAGAGAGGGGUCCUGUUCCAGGGGUUGAAAAAGAGAGAACUCGUCAGAGACAGAAACUCUUUGCACAGAAAAAAAGAGAGAGAAGGAAAAAGUAUCUGGGUUCCUCCCACGGAGCAGAUCUGCAUAACUUAGGACUGUCUGCUGUACCCACCAACUGUGUAUCGUGGCCUUCCAGGGGCUUGACACCCUCCCCCUCCCUGCAAGAGGCAAGCACUGAAAAACAGAGGUCUAAAAUGUCUCUAGUGGGUUUGCGUACGUGAGCUGCCUUUGACUUGCGGGUGGGAGGGCCUCACAAGAUGUGCAGGAAUGUAGUCAAGACACAGGCACAAUCUAGAAUGAGGACUGAUGGUUGCUUUCCAGAUGGCAGCGCCUCCUGCUGCUGGAACUGUGUGUGCGCCUGUGUGUAUGCUUCAGGGGGGUUCAGGCUAGAUAAGAAGUCCCUGAUCUCACUCGUGUACUCGCUCUCGCUCUCAUGCACCUCUGUGUCUUUAAAAGCUCAGUAACAGCCAGGAGGGGCAAAGGUCGUGUUUAAGUCAGAACCAUACGAGGAGGACAAGAUGGGUUAAACUUGUUCAUGCACACCCCUUAUCGUUUAAUAAUGAAAGAAAAUGAAACCAGAGGUAUCCAGUUUGGAGCUUUUAAAAGACCAGUGGAGACCUGUGACCUCUGGCACGUCUAGCUUGCCCCUACUAUUUGUCCCUCCUUGUCAGUGUGCAGGAAACCUUGCGCAUAUGUGGACUUCUCAUUUUGGGCCAAGUAACAUUAAAUUUUCAUAACAAAAGAAUAAAUUCUACAUUGGAGCCAAGACUUGUUCAUGUUUCUCUGCAAGCUCCCUUUUGGGACUUGGCUGCUCUGUUUUCUAACUGCUUCUCUUUUUUCAGCGCUUGAAACUCUGGGAGUCUGAUUGAGACUUCAGGGGCCAGCCUUACCCCUCUUUCUUUUUCUCUUUAUAAAUGGGUUUUCAUAUUGUGUUUUGUUCUGUUUUUUUAAACUGUAAUUUUCCUGGGGCCAUAAAACAAAUAAAUGUUGGCAUCUGGUGAUUUUUUUACUAUACAAACAA